CUAUUUCCAUUGCCCCGCACCCCCCUUGCAUCCGUCUCCCUGUGCUUCACGCCACAACUCGCCUCACCAGCGAGCCCUCUCGACCUUUCGAGCCUCCUACUCCCUCGCACCACUGUUGGCUGCCUUCUCCUGGCUCGAGGUGCCCGCUAGGGAGGGGGAUUCGGAUCGCCGGCGGCUGGGCCCCUGCCGGACUCGGUGGGCGGGAUCCUCCUCGCGCUUCUUGGGGGCUCCAUGCCGUGAGCCAAGCAGCCAGCCAGCGGCAUCCUUCGUUCCCCCGGGGAGAUCUUGCUCCUAGCAGCCGAGAGCCGAGAGCAGAGAGCCGACAGGAGGCAGCGCCGACAUGGCCGGCAGCGACGAGGUCAACCGAAACGAGUGCAAGACGGUUGUGCCGCUCCACACAUGGGUGCUCAUCUCCAACUUCAAGGUGUCGUACCACAUGCUCCGCCGCCCAGACGGCACCUUCGAGCGCGACCUCGCCGAGUACAUGGACCGCCGGGUGCCCGCCAACCCCAAGCCGGUGGAGGGCGUCUCCUCCUUCGACCACGUCAUCGACCACUCCGUCGGCCUCGAGGCGCGCAUCUACCGCGCCGUCGCCGGCAACGCCGCGGCCGCAGAGGGCGCCGCCGCGCUCACCCUGCCCAUCCUCGAGUUCCUGAGCGGGGCGCCGUCCCCGGACCCGCUGCCGGUGAUCAUAUUCUUCCACGGCGGCAGCUUCGCCCACUCGGCGUCCAGCACCACCAUCUACGACAACCUCUGCCGCCAGUUGGUGAAGCUGAGCAAGGGCGUGGUGGUGUCCGUGAACUACCGGCGCGCCCCGGAGCACCGGUACCCGUGCGCGUACGACGACGGGUGGACGGCGCUCAAGUGGGCGCAGGCGCAGCCGUUCCUGCGGAGCGGCGAGGACGCGCAGCCCCGCGUGUUCCUCGCCGGCGACAGCUCCGGCGGCAACAUCGCCCACCACGUGGCCGUCCGCGCCGCGGAGGAGGGGAUCAAGAUACACGGCAACAUCCUGCUCAACGCCAUGUUCGGCGGCAAGGAGCGGACCGAGUCGGAGCGGCGGCUGGACGGCAAGUACUUCGUCACGAUGCAGGACAGGGACUGGUACUGGAAGGCGUACCUGCCGGAGGACGCGGACAGGGACCACCCGGCGUGCAACCCGUUCGGGCCGAACGGGCGGCGGCUCAAGGGCCUGCCUUUCGCCAAGAGCCUCAUCAUCGUGUCCGGGCUGGACCUCACCUGCGACCGGCAGCUGGGCUACGCCGAGGGACUCCGGGAAGACGGCCACCACGUCAAGGUGGUGCACCGAGAGAAGGCCACCAUAGGCUUCUACCUGCUCUCCAACACCGACCACUACCACGAGGUGAUGGAGGAGAUCGCCGACUUCGUCCAACUUAACCUCCGCUAGUCCCAGUACAUACACCACUCCAGUCCAGUCCAGUCGUGGAUAAGCUCGACGUCCGUCCCGACGACACAAUCAAAUACUACUACCUACCUACGUACUGCUUAUAGGAAGCUAAAUGGUAAGCUUGACUUAUACUACUAGUACUAUAAGAUCUCUUAUACUGCUGCUGCUGCCGGUGGUGGUGGUGCUGCUGCUUGGGGAUUGUUAUCUUGGAGCCCGGCAAUGGCUUCUGGCAAGCAAGUGAUCUCUAGUAAGACUCCAAAGGGGAUCCCCAUGUCUGUCUGUCUGUCUGAUGAUAAAACUCAAUGGCUCGUCCUCGUCGGUGCGAGGGAAGCACUAAUUGUUCCAUCGAUCGGCUCGGUCGGUGUGAUCCCUGAUCCAUGUUUUUCCUGGGGUUAAACAAGAGAGUGUGCUUCGCCUCCAACAUGUACUACCAUUUGGCAUUGGUUGAUGGAGAAGGAGCAUAUUAUUUCACCUUCAUCUCUGCUGCUGCUGCUGCUGCUUAUCUUCCAGCGAAGAAGAACUUGGCAUCCAUCUAACGUUAUGUGUACAUACAGUGAUCGAUCAGAGACGAUCCGUCUUUUGUUGUUGUUGAUGUAGUAGCUUCUUGUUUGAGCUACGGGUGGGAUUGGUGGAUUGGACGGUGCUCUCUCAGCUCACUUUCAUCCAAUCCCUGCCUGUGUCUAUCUAUCCUACUAUGUAUGUGGUGAUAUGCUUCCAGUCCAGACCAGUGCUAGUCUAGGCUAGCUAGCAGUAUAAAUUCUCUUCUUCUAACUUUUUGUAUCUUUUUCUUUCGAUUGAUGUAUUCUGAUCCUCCUUUCUGUAUACAUGUUUGGACUGCUAAAUGCUGUAACGCGUGUGCUUCCUUGAUCCA